UAAUGGAUCAAGAGCAAGACUAUGGAUUAAAAACUGGAUAUACAAAUGGAAAUACCUACGGAAAAUCUAGGUCAACAAAAACUAAAAAAUCUGGGGAAAGAAUCCCAAAGUCUCCAGAGGAAACUUGCAGCGACUCACGCCAAGAUCGGAGUUCACGUGAGAAAGAGGAAAACGGAUGUAAUUCAGAGGACGAUAAAUCGUUCCAGGACGACAGGACCAGCAAUUCGGGCCAAAGUCAGUCUGACCAAAAGUUGAGCAAUGGACAUGAUAAUACAGAGGAUGAGACUGACUCUAGUUCAGAAACGGACGAAGUUCAGCAGACGGCGACUUUCGCUGGCCAGGAGUCUGUGGAGCAGGAAAUUUCGUCGAGGCAGGCUAAAAUUAUUCGGGAUAUUUUGGCCAACUUUGACCUGGAAAAGGUCAUGGACAGAUAUAGAGGAGAAUCUGUUUUUAGGAGGUAGUACAGAGUAGGGAGGAAUAAUUUAUUUAUUAUAAAAACAUCGGUUGAAGUUGAAGACGUUGAUGGUCUGUGCUGUAGCGUGUCUGUAUGUGUAGUCUGUGCUGGAUAUGAAGUCUGUACUGUAUGUGUAGUCUGUGCUGUAUGUGUAGUCUCUGCUGCAUCGUGUCUGUAUGUUUAGUCUGUGCUCUAUCUUGUCUGUAUGUCCGUGUUCUUUGUGUGUACGUUUUCCUCCUCAUAUGUUUCUACGUGUGGGAAUCUGAUAGAUGUGCCGAAGAUAGAAGAGCCCCAGGUAGGUGUGACUCAAACAGAUAUGCUCUAUGUAUAUGUGUCCCAGAUAGGUGUGCCCCAAACAGAUAUGCUCCAUGUAGAAUAAUAUAGAUGUGUCCCAGAUAUAUAGGUGUGCCCCAAACAGAUAUGCCCUAUGUAGAUGUUCCUUCUCAGAUAGUUGUUUCCCAGAUAGAAAUGCCCAUUUAAAUCUUUCCUAGAUGGAUAUGUCCCAGAAAGAUAUGUCCCAAAUAAAUAUAUCCCAGACAAAUUUAUUCCAAACGGAUAUGCUCCAGGUAAUUUAUCCCAAUUGGAGAUGCCCCAGAUAGGUGUGCCCAAAAUAUAAAUUUCCUAGUUAGCUGUGCCUCAAAUAGAUAUGCCCCAGAUAGAUGUGCCCAAUCCAUAAACGUGCCCACAAUACUUUUUAUAUUGACCCGGGGAAGGGGAGGCUGUUUUAAAAAUUAGGAAUAUUGUUCUUAGUAUGUCGUUACUUUUUUAAUAAUUGUUUUAGGCGUAUCACAUCUUGACAAAACAAAUGAAUAUCACCGACUCCUAUCUCGUUCUAAGCCCCCCCCCCCAACCACCCUCCCCCCCCCAUACACACAAUAGAAAAAAGUGUCUGCACAACUUUUUUUUGGUGCUUUUAUUUUAAUACUACAAAAAAACAAAUGAAUAUCCCCGCCCCCUAUCUCGUUCUAAGCCCCCCCCCCCAACCACCCUCCCCCCCCCAUACACACAAUAGAAAAAAGUGUCUGCACAACUUUUUUUUGGUGCUUUUAUUUUAAUACUACAAGGAUCACCAUAUUUGUUUGAAUGAGCUCGUAAACAACUAAACAACCAGGACAAUUACGACUUCCGGUAUCCCAUAGGCCGUCCUGCAAACAAAAGAAUUCAUUUUAAAUACCGGUGGCAAAUCUUGUUUUCCAGUUUUGUUUGAUUUAAUGCUCGUUGGCAGUUAGGAAUUAACGGAAUGUGGGUCUUGUUUCUGAUUUGCUGGCGCUAGAGAUGUAGGUCUGGUAUCUGAUUGGUUGGAUCUAGAUAUGUAGGUAUGUUAUCGGAUUGGUUGGAUCUAGAUAUGUAGGUAUGUUAUCUGAUUGGUGUGAUCUAGAUAUGAAGGUCUGGUAUCUGAUUGGUUGGAUCUAGAUAUGUAGGUAUGUUAUCUGAUUGGUUGGAUCUAGAUAUGUAGGUCUGGUAUCUGAUUGGUUGGAUCUAGAUAUGUAGGUCUGGUAUCUGAUUGGUUGGAUCUAGAUAUGUAGGUAUGUUAUCUGAUUGGUUGGAUCUAGAUAUGUAGGUAUGGUAUCUGAUUGGUUGGAUCUAGAUAUGUAGGUAUGGUAUCUGAUUGGUUGGAUCUAGAUAUGUAGGUCUGGUAUCUGAUUGGUUGGAUCUAGAUAUGUAGGUAUGGUAUCUGAUCGGUUGGAUCUAGAUAUGUAGGUAUGGUGUCUGAUUGGUUGGAUCUAGAUAUGUAGGUAUGGUAUCUGAUUGGUUGGAUCUAGAUAUGUAGGUAUGUUAUCUGAUUGGUUGGAUCUAGAUGAGUAGGUAUGCAAUCUCAUUUGCUCUAAGUGGUGAAACAUGAAAAUUGUAUUGUAAAAUUUUGUUUACUAAAAAUCGUACGGGAUCCCGGGAGAGAAGCCGUGGUCCGUAUAUUAUAAAGAAUGUUACGAACUCCUCUCUAUUUCUGAAUGCUUGUUUUGAAGUGCUCAUCUGGGCCAACCUCCUCAUUGAUGAUAAAGGUUUCUUAUCUCCAUUUUUUUUUUUUUAAUGGCAUUUCCUGGGAAAACGGCAUAUAAGAAAUUCCCAUCGUGGGAUCCCGGGAACUCGUGGGAAAUCCCGGGAUAACAGAUUCAGUUUAAUAUAUAUUAUAAACUAAAUUUAACUAUGAAAGAGUUUGUUUUUAUUAUUGCUUAGUUGCUGUUGCCUUUCAAAGAAUGGGAAACUAUGUUAAUGCUACUAGUCUCUUCAUUUACCCCUAAUAAGUCCUAGUAAUAGUAACUGGCUAAUAAUAUGCUUGUCAUGCGAAAUUAGGAUAUGACCGCCCGUCGAGAAAAAAACAACAACUUGACACUUUAUUUGUGUUUUUCAUUCGUUAUGUGUCGCAAAGUAUAGUUUUAAGUCGGCCACGAUCUAUUCUCAAGCCAAUGUCUCUAGCAACUUGUAGCAAGGCGCUGUUUCGAAUAAAAGAUAAUAAUUGAUGGACAGCAUUCUUCUGGCAACAAAAAGGGAAUCUCUAAAGUUUUUUUUUUUUUUUUUUUGACUGUGGUCUGAUUUUUGUUAUACUUUUUUUUUUCUCGUUUUCUGGUGAAGGCUCUAAGCCGAAACUUCAAAAUCUUUUGUCCUUUCAAUGAAUUCAAGUUUAGCAUACCUUGUUCUUGUAUUUCAUUUUCGAAUAAAAACAGUUUCAAAUGUUAAAUCAUCUAUCAUGUGUAUGUCUAAAUAAGUUGGUUUUGUAAAAAAAAAACAAUUAAAAAAAGACAAUGCAUUAAUUUUAAGGUAGCUUGGCACAUAAACCGCUUGGUAUAAUAAGUUCCCAGAGCACAAGUUCCCAGUCCAUGGGAUGUGACGUCAAAUGAUGUUGCGAAAGUAUUUCUGUUGGGUCGCAGGGUAAAACAAUAUAAUAAAAGAAAAAUCAAAAGAAAUAUCAAAUUUUUAAUACUGUUUUUUUUUUUUUUUUUUUUUAAAUUUAUGUUUUGAAUAAUGAGUUACAAUUUCAAUCAUGGCAUUAAAUAUGUCUUUACUUCCAAAACUGGGCAAAAAAAAAAAUUAAAUUUUUUUUUUUUUUUUUUUUUUAAAUUUAUGUCUUGAAUAAUGAGUUACAAUUUCAAUCAUGGCAUUAAAUAUGUCUUUACUUCCAAAACUGGGCAAAAAAAAAAAUCUAAUUUUAUUGUUUUUAUUGCCGAGAAUUUUCCCCCUUUUAAAAGCCACCCCCAUCCCCCAAUUUAUCGCCGUAUGGAUAACUUAGCCGAUUGAUAAAUGUGGUCGUGACUUGAAAACGCUUAAGAACAUGUGCACUAGAGUUACUCAGCUUAAUAAUUCAACGCACUCAAAUAGAUUUUACAGGUCCUGCCUUUGAGUGAUAAAUUGUGACUUUCUGAUUUAUUUAUUUUUAAAGAAAGAAGAUUGAAUUCUUAAAGAUGUACCCGGAAUUUCCUGAGAUGGGAAAAUUUCCAGGGAAGUUUUUGGUUACUAAAAAUCGUGCAUCCGAUCCCGGGAGAGAAACCCUACCAUUAAUGCAUCCAAGAAAAAUAUCUGAGUGGUUGGAUUUAGAGAUCUAGGUGUCGUAUCUGAUUGGUUGAAUCUAGAAAAGAAAACAAAUAGUUACUUAGACCAAACGUGUAUGUAUUAAAAAAAUCCGCACAAAAAACAAGAGGGAGAGAGAGAGUGAGGCAGACAGAGAGAUAGAGAGAGAUAUAGUGAGAGAGAGUGAGAGAGAUAGCAAGAUAAAGAAAGAGAUAGGUAGAGUGAUAGAGAGAGAGUGUGUGUGUGAAAGAGAGUGAGAAAUAGGGAGAUAAUGACGGAGAGAGAAUUAAAGAGAUAGAGAGGAGAGAGAGAGAGAGAGAGAAAAAGAGAGUAAGAGAGGUAGAGAAAUUGAUAUAUGGAGAGAGGGGGAGAGGGAGGGGGAGAGAUCAUCAAUUGAUUCAAUUUAAUAUACUACAGUUACACCAUUACUGCGAGAUUGUCCGAGUUGGUGUCUAAAUGAUGGAACUGUUUCUCUGAUUGACAGCUGUAACAGAAGCAAGUUUCGACUUUGGCUCGAGGAUAUCAUGGGAAACGAAAAGGCUCCGUUCAAUGACAGGAAAUGGAAUGACGCAUUCAGACAGAAGGUCUUGGAAGACCUAGAGGUAGGAAAGUACACAUUACGUUUAAUUGAAGGACUCUAGACCUCCAUAUCUCUUACCACACAAUAUACGUAUGUUCUUGCUCUAUAUCAGUGGUUCUCAACCUUGCUAAUGCCUUUAAUACAGUUCCUCAUGUUGUGGUGGGGACACCCCCCCCCCCAAACCAUAAAAUUAUUUUAGUUGUUACUUUAUAAAUAUGUGUUUUACGAUGGUCUUAGGCGACCCCUGUGUAAGGGUGGUUCGACCCACCAAAGGGGUCGCGACCCACAUGUUGAGACCCCUGCUCUAUAUCUUAUAUAAAUAAAUGUUAUAAUUCAUCCCUUAAACAACGUUCAUAAUCAGUAGACCACUCCCAAGAUACCCGCCCUAUACUUCAAUAUCUUCACAGAGAAAGCAAGACGAACGAGAACGAAGACUGGCAGAGGCGGAGACUCAGAGGGUUCUCAAACUCAAAAUACAAGGGGUCAUACGAGACGACCGGGAGGGCACUGGCAGAAAAGAAAGACAAAGACAGGUGUGCUAGUGUUGGGAAGCAUAGAUUGGUGUAUAGCUGUUAUGUUGUGAGACAGUUAGGUGCAUAGCUGUUAUGUUGUGAGACAGUUAGGUGCAUAACUGUUAUGUUGUCAGUUAGGUGCAUAGCUGUUAUGUUGUGAGACAGUUAGGUGCAUAGCUGUUAUGUUGUGAGACAGUUAGGUGCAUAGCAGUUAUGUUGUGAGACAGUUAGGUGCAUAGCAGUUAUGUUGUGAGACAGUUAGGUGCAUAGCUGUUAUGUUGUGAGACAGUUGGGUGCAUAUCUGUUAUGUUGUGAGACAGCUGGGUGCAUAGCUGUUAUGUUGUGAGACAGCUGGGUGCAUAGCUGUUAUGUUGUGAGACAGUUAGGUGCAUAGCUGUUAAGUUGUAAGACAUUUAGGUGCAAAGCUAUUAUGUUGUGACACAGCUGGGUGCAUAGCUAUUAUGUUGUGAGACAGUUAGGUGCAUAGCUGUUAAGUUGUCAGACAGUUAGGUGCAUAUCUGUUAUGUUGUGAGACAGUUAGGUGCAUAGCUGUUAUGUUGUGAGACAGCUGGGUGCAUAGCUGUUAUGUUGUCAGACAGCUGGGUGCAUAGCUGUUCUGUUGUCAGACAGUUAGGUGCAUAGCUGUUAUGUUGUGAGACAGUUGGGUGCAUAUCUGUUAUGUUGUGAGACAGCUGGGUGCAUAGCUGUUAUGUUGUGAGACAGCUGGGUGCAUAGCUGGUAUGUUGUGAGAGAGUUAGGUGUAUAGCUGUUAUGUUGUGAGACAGUUAGGUGUAAAGCUAUUAAUUUUGGGAAGAUAGUUUGCUGUAUAGGCCCACCAGCAGCUGUUAUUGCUGGGAAGGUAAGCUUACUGUGUGUGAGACUGCAAGUGUGAGGUCGAUAAUAAAUCGGUAAAAUUAAUAUUUUUUAAAAAACGUAUGUCUUUAUCAAUUGAUAUUCAAAAACAUACGUACAUAUCAAAUCUCUAUAUCAACAGAGUGCAGCGGAGAGGAGGUUUGAGAGAAGGAAAGCCAAGAAACACGAGUCUCUGUUUAAACCAAAUGUGAGGACGGUAACUCAGAUGUUUAGUCAUGGGACGGUAACUCAAAUGUUUAGUCAUGGGAUGGUAACUCAAAUGUUUAGUCAUGGGACGGUAACUCAGAUAUUUAGUAAUGGGAUGAUAACUCAAAUUUUAAGUCAUGGGAUGGUAACUCAAAUGUUUAGUCAUGGGAUGAUAACUCAGAUAUUUAGUAAUGGGAUGAUAACUCAGAUGUUUAGUCAUGGGAUGGUAACUCAAAUGUUUAGUCAUGGGAUGGUAACUCAGAUAUUUAGUAAUGGGAUGAUAACUCAAAUGUUAAGUCAUGGAAUGGUAACUCAAAUGUUUAGUCAUGGGACGGUAACUCAGAUAUUUAGUAAUGGGAUGAUAACUCAAAUGUUAAGUCAUGGGAUGGUAACUCAAAUGUUUAGUCAUGGGAUGAUAACUCAGAUAUUUAGUAAUGGGAUGAUAACUCAGAUGUUUAGUCAUGGGAUGGUAACUCAAAUGCUUAGUCAUGGGAUGGUAACUCAAAUGUUUAGUCAUGGGAUGGUAACUCAGAUAUUUAGUAAUGGGAUGAUAACUCAGAUGUUUAGUCAUGGGAUGGUAACUCAAAUGUUUAGUCAUGGGACGGUAACUCAGAUAUUUAGUAAUGGGAUGAUAACUCAAAUGUUAAGUCAUGGGAUGGUAACUCAAAUGUUUAGUCAUGGGAUGAUAACUCAGAUAUUUAGUAAUGGGAUGAUAACUCAGAUGUUAAGUCAUCGGAUGGUACUCAAAUGUUUAGUCAUUGGAUGGUAACUCAAAUGUUUAGUCAUGGGAUGAUACUCAAAUGUUUAGUCAUGGGAUGGUAACUCAGAUAUUUAGUAAUGGGAUGAUAACUCAAAUGUUAAGUCAUGGGAUGGUAACUCAAAUGUUUAGUCAUGGGAUGAUAACUCAGAUAUUUAGUAAUGGGACGGUAACUCAGAUAUUUAGUAAUGGGAUGAUAACUCAGAUGUUAAGUCAUGGGAUGGUACUCAAAUGUUUAGUCAUUGGAUGGUAACUCAAAUGUUUAGUCAUGGGAUGAUAGUCAAAUGUUUAGUCAUGGGAUGGUAACUCAGAUAUUUAGUAAUGGGAUGAUAACUCAAAUGUUAAGUCAUGGGAUGGUAACUCAAAUGUUUAGUCAUGGGAUGAUAACUCAGAUAUUUAGUAAUGGGACGGUAACUCAGAUAUUUAGUAAUGGGAUGAUAACUCAGAUGUUUAGUCAUGGGAUGAUACUCAAAUGUUUAGUCAUGGGAUGGUAACUCAGAUGUUUAGUCAUGGGACGGUAACUCAAAUGUUUAGUCAUGGGACGGUAACUCAGAUGUUUAGUCAUGGGAUGAUACUCAAAUGUUUAGUCAUGGGAUGAUACUCAAAUGUUUAGUCAUGGGACGGUAACUCAGAUGUUUAGUCAUGGGAUGAUACUCAAAUGUUUAGUCAUGGGAUGGUACUCAAAUGUUUAGUCAUGGGAUGGUAACUCAGAUGUUUAGUCAUGGGAUGGUACUCAAAUGUUUAGUCAUGGGAUGGUAACUCAGAUGUUUAGUCAUGGGAUGAUACUCAAAUGUUUAGUCAUGGGAUGAUACUCAAAUGUUUAGUCAUGGGAUGAUACUCAAAUGUUUAGUCAUGGGAUGGUACUCAAAUGUUUAGUCAUGGGAUGGUAACUCAAAUGUUAAGUCAUGGGAUGGUAACUCAGAUGUUUAGUCAUGGGAUGGUAACUCAGAUAUUUAGUAAUUGGAUGAUAACUCAGAUUUUAGUCAUGGGAUAGUACUCAAACGUUCAGUCAUGGGAUGGUAACUCAGAUGUUUAGUCAUGGGAUGGUAACUCAGAUGUUUUGUCAUGGGAUGGUCACUCAGAUGUUUAUUCAUGGGAUGGUAACUUAGAUGUUAAGUCUUUGGAUGGUAACUCAGAUGUUUAGUCAUGGGAUGGUAACUUAGAUGUUAAGUCUUUGGAUGGUAACUCAGAUGUUUAGUCAUGGGAUGGUAACUCAGAUGCUCCCCAGUUCGUUCUAAACAAUAAAUAUGUUAGUGUUCGUUCAUUUACUAGAUCCCUUGUCACUGAACUGUGCCAGGCUCGGUACAGAGAAACUGUUGGCCUACACGUGUAUUUAAUAAUAAUGCUUUAACAUAUACUGCUAGAAAUAACGCUAUAAUAUUAUACACUUGUAUGAUAAUGCUAUAAUAUACACUUGUAAAAUAAUGCCAUAACAUACACUGGUAGAAUAAUGCUAUAAUAUUAUACACUUGGCGAUUCGAGCCUUUGGGGAUGAAGUGUGUUUUUGAAAUAAACUUUAUUAUUAUUAUGAUAAUGCCAUAAUAUAUACACUUGUAUAAUAAUGCUAUAACAUACGUUAGGACAUUGAGACACAGAUGGAAAUCUUAAACAGAGACGAGAGUGAAGUGAAGAGGCGUGACCGACAACAUGGCCGCCGGGCUGAUAAGGAGAGUGAUGGCCAAAGUAAAGGAAGUGAUUCAGGGGAAGGAAGUGAUGAUGUACCUGUGAGUUAUGGAACCUGCACACAAAACUAACAAGCGUUCAUAAAGUUUGCACAGUAGCUAAUAAAGUACUGACGUGUUUUGAUACGAUUCCUCGUGUUAGACACGCCAGUAAAACAACAACCGAAACAUUUAAUAGACAUACUAGACUUAACAACCCUCAGAUUCCACAUAUAGAAUGGCUAAAACAAAAAAGAUUAUAAAAAAAAUAAUAAUUCACUCUUCACAAUUGUACUGUCUUGCCACUAUUAAACUAGUACCAUAAAUAUUGUGAUUUUUGCACACCAUGAUUACGGUAUUGACAUGAUUGCUGUCUGUCUUACUAACUAUGGUUAUUUCAUCCUUUAACACGAUUAUUGUCUGUCAUACUAUGAUAACAUAACAUGAUUGCUCUUUGUCUUACUAUGAUAUUUUCAUCCUUUAACAUGAUUGCUGUCAGUCUUACUAUGGUUAUUUCAUCCUUUAACACGAUUGCUGUCUUUUUUUUUUUUUUUGUCUGGACAUUCCAAGCAGACAUACAGAAGCCAUCUUGGACGAAUUAAGGUCGAGAAGACUGUUGAUGUUCAUCCUGAUUUUCAGAAGUUAUACACAGAGGAGGUCGGUUUUUUUUUAAUUUUUUUGUUAGGCUUGCAUCCCUUUUUAAAGAGCAAUGGGCUGGGGUAUUUUUUCUUUUUUUUUUUUUUCUUUUUACAUGAUUUUUUUUUUUUUUUUUUUUUUUGUCUGGACAUUCCAAGCAGACAUACAGAAGCCAUCUUGGACGAAUUAAGGUCGAGAAGACUGUUGAUGUUCAUCCUGAUGUUCAGAAGUUAUACACAGAGGAGGUCUGUUCUUUUUUAAAUUUUGUGUUAGGCUUGCAUCCCUUUUUAAAGAGCAAUGGGCUGGGGUACACACAUUCAAUCAAACAUUUGACAAGGGUUCUAACAUAGCCAAAUUAAAAUUUCUCAGAAUGUCUGAGAAUGACUUCAUUUAAGACUUGUGUGGAAAAAAAAUGUAGGACUGAUUUGCAGUACCGUAUAUAAAUGUGUGCUCCCAGAUGGUUGGUGGUCCAUUGGGUGGGUCGGGUACAUUUGUGGAUGUGUGUCAAUGUGGGUGUGGGUCCAUUAGGUGGGUGCGGGUCCAUUAGGUGGGUGGACCUAUGUUAGCACUAUUUAUGGAGAAUAUUUUUAAAAGUCUCGGGGGGUGGAAUAAAUAAAAUAAAACUGAAUUUCACAGAUUUUUAUAAGAAUUUGAUAUUCAUCUUGAAUGUGAGAAAAUCUGUAAACUAUGUGUGUGCCGCAUGGAUUGGUAUUUUAUGUAUGCCCUCAGGUUUAUUAGUAGUCGUGCUAAUGAUUUUAAAUAGGGGUGUCAGAGGAAAUAGCAUGUUCUUGAGAUUACUUAAAUUCUAUUAGAAAUUAUUAUAAACAGACAUUUAAGGUACACAUUUCUAACCUUGUCUCCAAUAGGAUCUAGAACAACUGUACAGAGAGGCUGAGAGCUUGGUCAGACGGACAACAACACGCCCCAACAAAAAGUGAUGCAUGAAUGAAUGUUGACAACUCACCUGGCACGUAAUGGCACGAUAUCAGCCUGACAAAACUCUGAACCUUCUUUUAUGUGACAGAUGGAAUUCAUGAUUUACAAACUAUGAAUGAGAUAAUCCUGUAUCAAUAAAUGUGACAGUUGUCCUGAUCUUCACUUUCAUUUUAACUGUAAUUGAGAUAUAUUAUGUCCUUAACUAAGUGCACAUGAAAACCCCUAGCUUCAACAAUCAAAUGUUUCUUUAAUUAGUGCCAGUAUUUUAAUCUAUGUAAAAAAAGCUCUUAUUAGGUGUAAUAGCACAUUAUUUUUUAUUAUACUUAAUAUUUUUAAAUGCAAGGAAAUAUAUGGCUAGUAAAUUUUAACAUAACAUAUAUUUUUGUAUUUGCUUAUUUUUUAACUUUUUAAAAAAUAUGCAAAUAUUUUUUUUUUUAUUUAAAAAAAAAAUAUGAAGCCUUAAUACAUUUUUGUGUAUUAUGCUUAAUAUUUUUAAAAACAAGGAAAUAUUAAUGCUAGUAAAUUUUAACAUAACAUAUAUUUUUGUAUUUGCAUAUUUUUCAAUUUUUAAAACAAUGGCUUUAUUUAUUUUUACAUUUGAUGGAAAGUCUAUCUCAGCACAAUAUGUUUUAUUUUUAUUUCAAUUUAUAAAAAAAAUCUAUAGUAAUAAUAAAAUUGUACCCGGUGCAUGUUUAUAAUGUUCAGGCAAAUCUUGUCACAGGAGCAUUAAAUUCUUGGUGGAAUUGUAAAUUAAAUUCACCCUAUGUUGCAAAUCAUCUGUUAUGGAACAAUGUUGUUUGGCAUGGUUUUUAAUUACUUUUUUAAAAAUUGAAUCAAGAGGGGCUAUAGAUUUCAUCAAUGUCAAAUCACCGAUGGGCCUAAGAUGAAGAGUCACCUGCACAGGACGUGACACAUGGUGGCUUUAAAUACCGGCAUGUGACCCAAAUCAUCGAACAUCGAAAGUGUUUUCAUUUUUAUGCUGAGCCUCAUUUGCUAACAAAUAGAAAGUAACACCCAGCUUAUAAACAAAAUUAUAACAUGGAUAUAAUCAAAUGAAAUAUUAUUCUUUUGUUGAAAUCAUUAGUAUUGGUCUUUGUUAACUUUAAGCAUCCAAAAAGUCC